GUCGUGCACUGCUGCAGAAAGGAGAGUCGCCAACGACCACGCAAACAACACCCCACCGCACACUCACUUGCCACAGAGCAGCAGCAGCACCCAACAGCGGCUGAGGCAGCAUGGCCCGAACACCACGAAGGAAGGGUGGCCGUAGUGCUACUGGUGGCGCAGCAGCAGGGCGUGGUGGCGCUUCCUCCACUGGAACAGGCAGUGGCAGUGUUGAUGAAGGCGUCCAGUGGAAGAUUGGAGAGCAGGUGGUCGCACUGGACCAGACGCUCAUGUGGUACCCGGGCAAGAUCAUUCGGGUCAAGCAGGCCAAGGCCGCUGACGGCACACCCGUCAAGAAGUACCGCAUCCACUUUCGCGGCUGGGGAAAGCGGCAUGACAUUUGGACCACCCCAGAUGAAGGCCGUGUCAAGUCGCCGGCUGUCGUGAAUCCUGAGGGAACGCAACAACAGCAUGACGACUUCUGCUUCGUAUGCGGGGCAGUCGAUAGGUCCCUCAUCAAAUGCCAAACAUGCCCAGCAGCUGUCCAUGCCACCUGUGUUCCUGAAGCGACCACGGAUCGCCCUUUCUUCUGCGGUUACACCAACGCUUGCUCAGACCCAGCUCAAGUGCACAAAACCAUGGGCCCGCUCUUCAUGCGGCAGAAGCACCCGCGCGUUGAUCCAUCAGCCAAGCCACCAUCGCCCUCCCCUCGCGUCUCGACUGCCGCCCGCAUCAUUUUCGAAGGCGCCGCCACCAUCGCUGAUCGCACACACGAGGAAUCCAAUGGCACCAGCAGUGACGGCACGCACGCGCGAAAGCGUGCAAAGUCAACACGUACGCGAAGAUCGCGAACACAGGUGCAGCAUUUGGAGGAGGAGAGAAACGCGCUGACGGCAGCAAAGCACAGGCUCGGCCAACAAGUGAUGCAGCAGCUGCAGCAGUUUGCACAACAACAACAACAACAACAACAGCAGCAGCAGCAGCAGCAGCAGCAGUCGUCCCCUGUCGUGGUCACGGCGCCACCACGUGAAGCUGACGCUGGCAGUGGCAACGUCACACCCGCGUCUGCAGCACAACGCACACGCCGACGGCGGGAAGAAAGUUUCCAUCGCGCCAACCCCGCACCACCAACACGAACAUCGGCGCGGAACCGAAGAACUGCACCGUUACCACCACCAUCUUCCUCUUCCUCGUCAUCCUCGUCAUCCUCCGCUGCGAUGCCUGUGACGGUGGGGGCACUGCCGCAACGCGUGCGUGACGUCGUUGCUCCCUUGGCAGACGCGUCCUACGCAGACAUUGUUAAGGCUGUCGUGCACGCCCGCGCCGGCAACAGCAACAGCAGCAGCCUCUCCGCAGUCGUCACUGACAGUCGCAAUCGCAAUGGAAAUUCCAGCAGCAGCAGCAGCCGUCGUGGUCGUCGAAGCCGCGGUGCUAUCGCUGCUGCUGGUGCGAAGGACCGCAAUGUCAAUGCUGGCAGUGCUCAUAGCACGGCUCACGUGAAUGGUAAUACAGGAGCGGAUGGUGGCAGUGGGCGCCAAACACCACGGACUCGCACUCGCCGCGCCUCUGCAUCAACGAUGGGCACGCCACUGCCUCCCGUUACGCUCAACUCUGAGCUCAGUGAGCUGCUUGGCUGCGUGCUGUCCAAUCGGUUUGUCGGUGAGGGCAUGGUCACGGGUCAUGUUACGGAGCUGCUGCCCACAUCCGAGCAAGUCAAGGUGAAAUACGACAACGGCCGCGAGGAAAUUGUGUCUCGCAUCCCAGCGCUGCGUCUCAUCAUGCGCCAUCGCUCGAUGGAGCGGCGCCGUGCCCGUGCAGAACGCGGCUCACUCGGAGACGGUCACAGUGUCAUCGAUGAUGACGAUGACGAUGAAGAUGAAGACGACGAAGAUGAAGGCGACGAUGGUGGUGUACACGACAGUGCCCAGAGUGGCGAGUUGGCGACAGGAGAACGUGGACCACAGACAGCAGCGGUGAUGCAAUCCGCGCGCGGCACGACGGGCGCUGCAGCGACAAAAGCACCACAGGGAACGGGUCGAGCUGGUGGAAGGAAGAAGCGGGCGAAGGGAACGCCAAAGGCCAACAGCGGCAUGGCAUCGUGGGUGCAGAGCAGGUCCCCCAACACGCGCUCACUGCGAAGACGAGCCGCGGACAAUGGCGCCACCAUCACCGCCUCAUGCUUCUCCAGCACCACUACCACCAGCACCAGCAACACAAUGCAAGCUGGGGCUGCGAAUGGUGCGCUUGCUGCCCACGUCAACCAUGGCGAAGAUGGCAGUGGCGCGAACGGCGUCAACUUGCACCAUGAUCAUGAUGGGGAUGAUGAGGAUGACACCGGCGAUUAUGAUGACGCUGGUGACGAUGGCGACAACAGCCGUGUUGGUGAUGGGGAUGCGUAUGCCCAUGGUGAUGGCGGUGGCUCCACAGCACAGGCGCUGGCAGCGCGCGUAGCGGCGGCUGAGCGCGAGAGAGACGAGUGGAAGAGCAAAGCGCUCAAGUUUGAGUCGGAGCUGUUUGUGCUGCGGCAGAAGCUGAAGGGCGUGGAUGAACUGCACGGGCUCAUGACCUCCAUCCUUCACCCGAAAAAGCGGUCCAUGAUGUCGCUGAGCGUGGCUGCACUCUCACCGUCAACCCCGGCACCAACAUCAUCACCAGUACCAACAGCACCAACAACAACAUCACCAACAUCAACACGAGCGCCAACAGCACCACCGUCAUCGUCAUCAUCUCGACGGAGGGCAACGCGAACCGCCAACGGCACCGCUUCUGCACCGGCCCAUUGA